AUGGCCCAAACACGUGGCGCAACUGGCAAUGCGAAGCCUCGCAUCUUCACCACUCCAUCUACCGAACCAGUCCGCAAGCGCAAAGCCGGAACCACCACCAAGAAGCGCACUGCCAAACCCAAGAGCACCACCGGUGCAGGCGUCACUAAGAAGCGCGCCCCGGCAAAGAGCAAGUCCAGUCUCAAGGACAAGGUCGAGGGCGCAGUCGAGAAAGUCGCCGGAGCUGUCGAGCGCAAGCCCGGCAAGAAGGCAGCAGGCACAAAGAAAAUCAAAGGAACAGACGGCAAGACUAGCAAGGCAGUGAAGAUCUAG